GACAUACUAAUGCUCGAUUGCAUGUACGUGUAUGCAACGAGAAUGGAGAACUAGCGUCAUUCGCGUGGGUGCGACCGUGCGUGGUCGAGGAUUCACGGACGGUCGAACGGAUCGCAGAUGAUCUAGCUCGAUCGUCGCCGUUCGAGCUGGCUCGAUGACACGCGUAAAUGGCAUUGCUUCGAAACGUCGCGUAUCCGUCCGUUCUCGGCGAACCACGACGAUACGAAGGCGUGAACACAAACGCGCGUUGAGAUCGAUGGUGUAUACGUCGCAACUCUGAGCGUCGAGCGUUUUCGCAUCGAUGUUGGGUCUCGAGUAUCGAUCGCUUCAGAAAGUCGCGUUAAAGUGUGAUGUUCAGCGGGAUGUUCGAAGUGUCUGAGCAUAAUCGCUGGCAACGAAGCUUUGUCACGAGUUUGUUGGAGUGUGGAUCUAGUUGGAAUUAUUUUUUAAACGAUAGAUUGACUGUAAAGGGAGAGAGCAAUACGUGUAUAUAUGAAUUAAAUUCCAGUGUACAAAGUGUAAAAUAAAGAUUUAGAUUUGGUGUAUACACGAAGCGUCUAUUACCGUUCGAGUCGAUGGUCCGUCAGCCGAAUGAAAGGUUCGCGGUCGUCUCGAAUCGGUAGAUCGAGUGCCAGCAUCGAGAACGACGUCAGUCGCGCGGCUCACUUCCGGUCCUCUACGCCGGUAAAACGAAAUUGCGACCGAACGAACGAUUAUCCCGAAGUUUUUCAACGAAUCCACGAUAUAUUUCGAAAAUAUUUUUCAAAUUCGACGUAACUCCAACGAAUUUCUCUUAUUCCGCGAUGUUACGCAAUAAAGGUGUAUCUGUUGGAAUAUAUAGUGUAAUUGGUGCUGAAGUUCGUUGAUUUCUUCGACCGUUGUAAUCAAAUAAUUGCCCUCCAAGAUGGUGCGCGUCGCACGCUUGCCUCACGCGAAAGAAGAAACAAUGAAGAUGAGGGAUGCGGUUCUUCAGAAAGGAAAUAAUAACAAUAAUAAUAAUAGCAGUAAUAACAAUAAUAAUAACGUGACCACGUUAAAAAGCAAGCCUUCGUUGGAAAUUUACCGACCGCCAGGUGGAAGAACGGAAGGAACCACGGCGAACGCCACUAAUCCGCGUUUAAACGUACAUGCUAAGGAGUUCACUAUGAAGCAGAACGAUUCGCAUCCUUCUAAGUCUCGGACGAAUGCUUCAGAGCGAUCUUCGUAUUAUCUGCAGCACAGCAAGUCAAGCGGCAACGUGCAUCGGUAUCUUUACGCGCCUCAGCAACAGCAACAGAUGCAGCACACGCUUCACCAGCAACAUCAUCAAACGUCACGUCACAGCGGGCAUCAUUCGGCAGGCUCAGCGCUACGACAGUCACAUCCGCUCGAUACCUCGGCGUCCAGUGGAAAUAUCUUACAUGGCUCGGGCAGGGUCCAUUUCAACAUGGAUCAAAACGAAGUCAAAACGAACACGAUGAAACCCGGCAGGCUCACGAAAUCGUUAUCCUUCGUCUCUACUUAUGGUCUGAAACGAUCGAAGAGCCUGAACGCGGCCGACGUGCUGGCUGCGAAGGCGGUGAAUAUUUCAGACGCCUCUGAAUUGGGAAAAUUCCCGUCGGCGAUCCAGGACACGCUUCUCAGAGCCAUCGAAGAUCCAAAUUUGUUGAAUGCUCGAGCUUUAAUGGAACUGGUUCGACACAUUUUGGAGAGGGUCGUCGAGAACCGAAAAUACGCGGAACCAGCGGCGAAAAUUUGCAUCACAAUUAUAGAGAAAGAAACCAAAGAAACCUUCUUGGAAUCCUUGUUGAACACCUGUCAACAGUGGUAUCAAGACAGAGUGAAGAUACUAUACGACGGGUCCAGUUACCAUCGUUAUUCCGCCUUCAUGACGUUCUUGAAUGAGAUGUAUUGCCAGUUAAAGCGAAGGCAGCUUCAGUUGAAGACACAACAAGAGGGCGUUCCCCCCGGACGUGUUCUCCUCACGUUGCUUUGGAAGUGCUGUCAAGAUUGCUUACAGCCUCCAGUUGUGAAUUCCUUAGCAGAGACGGACUGCCUGUUCUUCAUUCUAACAUGCAUUGGUAAGGACCUGGACACUGAAUUACCAGCUCAGUUACAGCAAUUGCUUGGAAGCCUGAGAGACGCUUUCCUUGCGGAAGACACGAUACUACCGUCAGUUAGAAAGACUCUCUUACAAUUGAUCGAGCUUCACGCGGCGCAUUGGCAGCUUCCAGCACCAGCAGUUGUCUAUUAUUAUCCUGGAUCGACCUCGAAAUGAUGUUUCACCUUUUCGAUUCCUUCGUCCACGUUGGUCGGUUCUGUGCGUAUGGACUCUAGAUCGUGAACAAGAUCAUUUGUACUUGAACACACUCACAGAACACAGCGUGGACUGUGCUAUAAUAAAAAAAGAGACGAAUGCUGUCGGUAGAGGCUGCGAGAGAUUGCUCGAAGGUGACAGCCUGGAGCGACGUUGUUACGUGAUUGGUUCCGGAUGAAGAAGAAACUUUGUUGCUUCUCUUCCAACAAGAGUUUACUCUAUUGUGGACACGGUAACAUGCAAUUUUUAUAUAGCUGGUUAUUUGGAGUACAAUUCUCCAAUCGUCUAAAAACUAGAAUCUGAUUGAAGAACUAACACCUGCUGCUGAGUUUUGAGCAAAUAUAUGCAUGUAACAUUUACUAUUUUUACUUUAAAUAGCAGCGGAAAUAAUUUAGAUGUCUAUUAAGAGUGAGACACCCUUACAUUAGAUUUUGAGGUUACAUCCUUUGGCCCUUACUCCUAUAUAGAGAGCAUAUCGUGCCUCGCUCGUAACGCGUCAUCGUGGGAGUUAUUUAUGUUAUUUACACGUAACAACGUCGCUCACUGUUACGAAUUAUACGUAGAAAUAUUAAUUUAUAUCGCGAACGGUGCUGUCUUUUACACGAAACGUAUCUUCAGAAUGUUCUUUCUUUCCUUUUUUUAAACACGCCAUACUGUUUAAACUGAUUAGGGGGAUUUCCCAAUCGACGAGAUCAGAGAAACGUUGAUACAUUGCGAAACGCUUUGUAACAUUUAACAUUAUGGAAUUCCUCCUUAAUGCUUGGCUACUCUGUAACUGUCUCUCUGGAAACGUUGACUUAAUCCUCUAAUCAUUUUGAGCCACGUGUUUUACCAUCGAACCAAGAGCGUUUCGUUUCGUUUCACGCUUAACCUUAGCGUAACGAAGGUUUCCGAAUUGCAACGGCAAAGAAACCUUUUGCGACGCACUCUUGCAAAACCUUUUGUUCGAUGUACGGAUCCAGGCAAUUACGCGCGACCGAUGCGUCAGCUGGCAGAACACGGACAACCGUGAUCUCAUUGUUACCACGAGGAAUAAUCGUACCUGUUGCGAUUCUGCAAAAAAUGAUUUACGACCAUCGGUAUUGCGUCUCGAGGAAUGGCGCAAGAGAAUCCUCGAGUUAAUCUUAUGCACGUUCGUCCUGUCUGGAUAGACUCACGAAGAUAGAAACUAAGUUUCAGUGGUUUCGAAUUAGAAAUUGAAACUCCUUUAGUGAGUCAAUAGGUUAGGAAAUCGGGACAGCUGAGACCGUCACGUGUUUUAUCAAUUGUCGCGCGAAUAUUGCGAAUUCUGGAAAUGCCAGAAGGAUCGUAGAUUCAUGACUUAAAUGUGCAUGUGCAUGUAACAAAGAGGCAGCAAAUGAGCGAACGAACCAGAUGUUUGUAGAAAGAACGUCAUCGUUGGAGGGAGGAACGCGGAAGAUCAAGAGCUUCGAUUUAAAAUGUGAUUCUACUUCGAAUUUUCCUCGGAUUUUUCCGGUGUAACACGAAGUAUUCAUUUCAUUUCAAAGAAAUGAAUAGAAAGAAAAAAUUCAAACGAAUCGAAUGAAAGAAUACGUGAUAAAGUUACCGUCGAAAACGUCGAACGAUACAUUAUGAAAAAGAAACAAUGAAAACGACCCUUAUGUGGAACGACCUGAGUGUAUGCGAUGAUGUAUAUGAUUUUUCCUCGUUAAACACGUGAAGUUGUGAAACGGUGAAUUACGUCGUUGUAUCUUUUGGUGUAGUUUGGCUGCAUCAAAUCAGGAUGUCAAAUGUUCUCUGUACAUACAGACCCAUGAUAUUCACUCUGCGAGUUAGAGAAUGUCAAUGACUUAAAUUAAAAUACAGAUGCAAGAAUUUUUUUGUUGUAA